UAUUGACGUUUACGGUUUUGGUUUUGGUGCGGUUUACCUUAGUUAAGCACAGCAAAACGUAUAACUUGUUGACCAGGAACUGGUUUUUAAUUUAAAAAAAGUAGAUUAUUUAAUGUAUAAACAUUGAACUGUAAAUUGGGUCCGCGGCGAGUCAAGUUGUCACUUGUGUCGGAACUGACAUGUGGCACUGAAAGAAAACUGAACUUUGAUUUUGUUGAGUUAAAAUGUUUCGAAGUAAAAUAAGAAUACACACGUGUCGCAUAAUAUUAUUAACAUCGUUAGUCUGGCUGCUAGUGGAUGUUGCGCUCUUAGCUCUCUACUCUGACUGCUUCGGCGAUGGUUGUAGUAAGAAGACAAGUGAAGUUGUUGUCAGGAGUAAAGAUACAGAAGAGCUCCGUGGUAAAAGAGGUGCGAUAGCAGCAGGUUUACGGAGCAAAGUAGAAGAUGAGGAAACUAAUCUAGAGGAGAAUGAAAUAGAGCAAGACAUUGGUGAUGAUGGGCUAAUGCUGCCACCAUAUCCAAAGUCACGGCUAAAGAGGUGGUCAGUGGUGCCACCUGUGAGGCCACAGGGUGACUCUCCCGGAGAAAUGGGUAAAGCUGUUAACAUUCCAAUAGAACAAGAGAAACUUAUGUUGGACAAAUUCCAGGAGAAUCAAUUUAAUUUGUUAGCUAGUGAUAUGAUCUCCUUAAAUAGAUCACUAACAGAUGUCAGAUUUGAGAAGUGUAAAGGGAAACCCUAUCCAGAAUUACUGCCUACAACUAGUGUUGUGAUAGUCUUCCACAAUGAGGCAUGGACAACUCUUAUCCGAACAAUUUGGAGUACAAUAAAUAGAUCGCCUCGUCCAUUGCUCAAAGAGAUCAUUUUAGUCGAUGAUGCAAGUGAAAAAGAACACUUGGGCAAAAAAUUAGAGGAUUAUAUAAAAACACUGCCAGUACCGACACAUCUCUUUCGAACGGAAAACCGCUCCGGUCUUAUCCGGGCGCGACUUUUGGGCGCGAAACAUGUACAAGGAGACGUCAUUACAUUCUUAGAUGCACAUUGUGAAUGCACGGAGGGCUGGUUGGAACCUCUGUUAGCGAGGAUAGUAGAAGACCGUACUACUGUGGUAUGUCCCAUCAUUGAUGUCAUCUCAGACACGACCUUCGAGUACAUACAAGCAUCCGACAUGACAUGGGGUGGAUUCAAUUGGAAAUUAAACUUUAGGUGGUACCGUGUACCGGAGCGCGAGAUGUCUCGUCGCGGUGGGGAUCGCACGGCACCGCUGCGCACGCCCACCAUGGCGGGCGGUUUGUUCGCAAUCGACCGCGAGUAUUUCUACAAGAUCGGCUCCUACGACGAGGGCAUGGACAUCUGGGGCGGGGAGAACCUGGAGAUGAGCUUCCGGGUGUGGCAGUGCGGCGGGUCACUGGAGAUAGUGCCGUGCUCGCACGUGGGGCACGUGUUCCGCGACAAAUCGCCCUACUCCUUCCCCGGCGGUGUGCAGAACAUCGUAUUGCACAACGCGGCGCGCGUCGCCGAAGUCUGGAUGGACGAGUGGGGAGAGUUCUAUUACGCCAUGAAUCCAGGUGCACUGAACGUGCCCGUUGGUGACGUCAGCGAACGCAAGGCUUUAAGACAGAAGCUCAAAUGUAAAAGCUUCAGAUGGUACUUGGAAAAUAUUUACCCAGAGAGCCAGAUGCCUUUGGACUACUACUUCUUGGGAGAGAUACGUAACGCGGAGACAUCGAACUGCCUCGACACACUGGGCGGCAAGGCGGGUCAGCCGCUGGGUAUGGGCUACUGUCACGGCAUGGGCGGCAACCAGGUGUUCGCUUACACCAAGCGCAAGCAGAUCAUGUCCGACGACAACUGCCUGGACGCCGCUCACCCGCGCGGCCCCGUCAAACUCAUCCGCUGCCACGGCAUGCGCGGCAACCAGGAGUGGACCUAUGAUGUUAAGACGCGUACAAUAAAGCACAGCAACACGGGCAUGUGCCUGGAGAAGCCGGAGUCGGGCGACGUGUGGAAGCCGGUGCUGCGGGCGUGCUCGCGCGCGCGCUCACAGCAGUGGCUGAUGCAGGUCGACUUCAAGUGGCAGGCGCGCCACGCCUCCCGCGCCUCCCGCUCCUCCCGCUCCGCCGACCGGCCCAGCUAGUGACCUCGCACAACGAACAACGAUAGACCAUCAAAGUCUUCCCCCGUCAUUAGUAAUAUCAGAUUUUAUUCCUUAUUCCUAUAUCAAAAGUAAUGUAAUUAGAUGUAACGCCUCGGCACUCGGGCCACGUGAAUUGUUGACAAUACGAUGAGAGAAUGCUAUAAUAUUUUGUAUUCCCUAACGAAAAUAUGUAAAAACUUGCUCAAACAUGGCAUAUAAUAUGCUAUUCUGUAAAUUGUACUGUCCUGCUUUAUAAUUAAUGUGGAUUUUAUAUCCAAUAAGUAAUUUUUGUUACGUAAAUACGAAAAAAUUUGAAAUUUUAUUGAGAUUAUUUUUUUUAUACUGGCAACACUCAAUUGUAGUUAUUGUUCUUAUAAUCACAGUUUAUGCAAAAAAGCACAAAUCCUGCAAAUUAAAUAUUUGUAUAUAAAAAUAAUAUUUCCUUAAUACUUCUAUUGAGUGUGGGCUAUUAAAAUAUUAAAUUUUAUUUGUAUAAAAUACUCCAAUGACUUGCAAGUUGAGAUUAUAUUAAAAAUCCUUUGUUUAAUUCACAUGAUAUAGUUUAAAUUUGUUAGUAACACAGUUGACAGAUCUAAAUAGUGUAAGAGCAUGUUUCUUGUAUAUGUGUCUAGUUUGUCUAUGCACAUAAAUGUGUGCCUAUUUCAUUGUCUAUGGUUCGCUGUCAUUGUACAGGGUCUACAACAUUUACUAACUGUACAAGUGCCUGUCCAUUCCUUAAUGUCAUUUAUUUUUAAUAUUAUUAUAUACCAUGCAUUUAUACAUUUUCCAUUAUAUAAUACUUGUAGAGAAAAAUACAUAAUUGUUUAUUUCAUAUAAAAAUUAAGUGUUCAUAGUCUGUUGAUAGAUUUUUACUAGAAAUUUUGACUAAUGUCACAGCGACUUAGAUAUCUUCCCAUUUGGUAUAUUAAUGGUAAAAAAAAACCGUAACAAUUUUUUUUAUUAUAUUUUUUUCUAUUA